GUGAGUUCGGGGGCUCUUCAACUACCGUCUUGCCUGGUCGCCAUAUUGGAUACCUUUUCUACCCUUUCUUGAGGGAGGCAAAGAGGCCAUUCGGGUGGGAAAGUCGGGGCGGGGUCGAAGCGGAGAUUUGCUUUCUGGGGCUGCUGGCGCCCUAAUCUAAUGCGUAUCGGGCCGUGGGCCUCUCUGUAGGAUCCCGGGGAAUCUCGAUGGUUUGAGAUCCGGUCACCCCCUGAUUACCCCGAGGAUUGGGGUUCUGCGUGAUGGCAGCCCAGUGGCCUUGAGGUCCGGGGUCCUUAAUUUACUUUGGAUCGCUCGCCUUCGAGACUACUUUUAGGGAGAGGUUGUAGCCUUAGUGAACGGGUGACUUAGUCCUUAGGGUACCCUCCUCCUCCCCCAUUCCGCGGUCCCGACCGAGUAAAGGGGAGUGGUCAACUGCAUCUCUGGAUUUGGGUUGCCUUUUUUUUUUUUAAGUGGAAGAGACGUUAAAGAUUCAUCUUAGCCCAAGCUCCUCGUUUUUUACAGAUGAGGAAACUUGAGACCCAGAGAACUUUAGUGACUCGAUCAAGGUCACACAGGUUAUAAUGGAGGACACUCAAUUGGUGGACUGGGAGGCUCAGGAGGAGGAGCCUGAGGAUUCUAAUGGCUCUCCUCCACAAUUCGGCUUGGAGCCUGUAGGGCGGCUGCACCUGUUCAGCAGUGUUCGAGGUCCUGAGAAAGAUUUCCUGUUGUACCCAGGGGAGAAUGUGGUUGGCCGAAUACCAGGCUGCUCAGUUGCUUUGCCUUUUCCAUCCAUUUCCAAACACCAUGCAAUAAUUGAGAUUUCAGCCCAAGGCAGGGCACCUAUCCUUCGAGAUUGUGGGAGCCUCAAUCAUACUCGCCUUCUAAGACCUCCCAAGCUCCUAAGCCCUGGGGUGGGCCAUCAGUUGAGAGACCAAGAUUUGGUACUCUUUGCUGACCUGCCUUGCCAGUAUCACCGCCUGGGUACCCCCCAACUCUCUGGCCGACGGGGGGGCCUAAGUGUGGAAGAGACACCCAGGGUUCCAGGAAUAGGAACAGCCCGGUUCCAGGGGACCUUAUUGGCUGAAGAUUCAGAGGAGGAAGGAGAUUCUCCUUUGGAUAGGAGUGUGGAGGUACCCAUCACAUACUCCCCCUCUGAAACUAUUGUUCCAGAGAGUGAUGUGGAGGGAGCUUCACCAGGCACCAAGGAUUCUGCCCUGCCUCUUACCUUCAUCUUGGAUAGUGAUACAGAUGAAGAAGAUUCUCCUCCAGUGGAGUCCUCCUCAGCUACCAGGAGAGGCUCCACUGUGGAUAUGGAGUGGAAUAGGACUGAUGGAGAAAACCAUUCCUCAGCUGUGGGGAGGGACAGUGAUACAGAUGUUGAUGAAGAAGGCAGUCUCCAAAGGACCUUAGUUGUGGCACCUUUGGCAGGGACUCAGCCUUCUUCUCUUGAAGAUAGUAGUACAGAUGUGGAAGAGGAGGGGCUUUCAGUGAGACCAGUUGUAGCACAAACUGAUAUAGGGGACAGUGAUACAGAUAUAGAAGAGGACUCUGUCCCAGCAGCGCCACCUGUAGUCCAUCUAGGGAAAGUUCAGGGACCCAUGGGUGGGACAAACAAUACAGAUAUAAAACAGGAGGGGGCCCCAACAGAACUCUCCAUAGUGCAUCUUGAAAAGGACCAGCACCCUACUGGUGGGGAUAGGGGGGACAGUGACACAGAUGCAGAUGACAAUGGAUCUCUGACAUAUAUGAUAAAGAGCCAACUUCCACCUGAAGAAGGCAGUAGGGUAGAGUGGGCCCCAGCCACAGCUCAAGGGGAAAAGACCACUAAGAAAUUUGGGGCCCAGGGUAGGAUCCCUAUAACAGAAUUCGAGCAGGGUCUAUCUCCAUUCCCAAGGGUCAGCUCAGUAGGCACAUUGGUAGAACCAAGCAUUCAAGGGAAGUCAGCUCAGGUACUUUUGGAAGGAACCCAGAAUUAUGUUGGAGGUAGUGAUCCAGAUGUGGAAGGUACUGAAGACUUUCAGAACAAGAGUGAUGACAAUUCAGACCUGGAUUUACAAGAUACUCAGUGCUUUGUAGAAGGAGGAAAUCAGAACCAUGGAGCUCAUGGAGCAUGUCUCUCCCCACCUAGUACAACCUCAGGGGACCUACAGCCAGGGAGUUCAGACCAAACAGAGCCCUGGGGGAAUCAAGGCACAGAGAAUCCAAAAACAGAGAUCCAGGGACAAACUAUGGAGAGUGGCAUGGAGAACCAGGGGAUAGAAACAGAGAUACCUAGAGUAAUACCAGAGAGAAAAAUGGAAAAAGGGCCCUUUAAGAGAAAGACAUUGGCAAAUAAGACAAAGAGAUCCAAAAGAAAAAGAGUGAGUCCAGUGGUACAAACAGAGAUACCAGAGAAAGGACAGAGACGUACAGCAGGUAGGUCGAAGAAUGUUAUGAUAGAGACAGACAACAAAAGCUGUAUAGAAACAAAGGAAAUGGAGAGGCAAAUCCCUGAGAGAGACACAUUUGAGGGACAAAUACCAGGAAAAGAAACCAAGAAUCUGGUAGUAGAAGUGAAGGUGCCCAGAGAAAUGCUGGAGAGAGGGGCAGAGGGACAAAUGGCAGAAAGUUAUGACCAGAAGGCCCAGAAUUCAACUCCAGUACCAAAAUCUAAAACUGGGGAAGGAGACAUGUCGGAAUUAGUCUCAAACCCCCAAAUCCUCAAUGAUGGCAGACAUCAGAGAGGUCUUGCUGACAACAAAACUCUGCCUCCUGAGGAAGUGCCAAUGGAUGACCAGGACUACUCAAAUGUACCUUUUGUAGCAUCUAAAGUUCCAGUUCCUGAAGCCCCAACUCCUACUUCAACUCCUAGAAUCACUCGGAGUCAAAACAGGAGAGGAUCAAAACUCCUCCAUUCUUCUUCCUCUCUAGCAUCUCAGGAGUCACCUAUAUUAGGAGCCACACGAAGCAGGAGGCAGGGAACCCAGGGGAUUCUCCCAAAAAUUGAGUCUCUCCCCUCUCAGGAUUCUAGAAACAAAUCAGAGCUUUCUCUCCAGAGCCAGACACAGAAGUCUUUCAGUACCUCCUCUGGACCAACUGCACCCUUGGCUCCUGAACUUCACACUCCCAUCCCUAAAGAAUUGCCUUUAAUCCCUCAACCUCACCUUCAGACUCGUCAAAACCGGAAACGGGGGACCACCAGAACUUGUGGGUCUACUGCAGUUUCACCAGUCCUCCCUGAGCACCCCCCUCCCAUUUCAACAGACAGAUCUGAAACUCUUGUUCCCCAACCCAGAGCACUCCGAAGUCAGAGGGCAAGAGUAGGAGAAACUUCUGAGUCACUCACGGCCACCCCAGAGGCCUCCUAUUCUCUGACACCUGAGGCACCUGCUCCUCCAGCUACCAGGAGUCGAAGAACAGGGGCAUCAGGAAUGCCUGGUUCUACUCCAGAGACCCAGCCUAAGCUGCUUCCAGGCAGAAAGCGGCCUCUAGCCACCAAGGAAUCAUCUCCAUGCCCAAAGCAACCCCGGAGAGGACGGUCCCAAAGACAAGAAUCGAGCAAGGAAGAUGAAGAGAAGCCAAUGGAAGUUGAGAUUGCUUCGAAGACCCCAGUGGGGGUUGCAGAACCAGCAGUUCAAGCAAAGGAGGAAGUCAAGGGGGCACCUAGCCGAAGCUUGCGUCGAGCUAGACUCAGUAGAGAACCUCGAGCUCCCAAGGUUCUCUUCACAGGUGUGGUGGAUGAUCGAGGAGAGCAGGCUGUGCUGGCACUGGGUGGAAGUCUGGCCAGUUCAGUGGCAGAAGCCUCACACUUGGUGACAGAUCGAGUUAGAAGGACAGUCAAAUUCCUAUGUGCCUUGGGGCGGGGGAUACCAAUUCUGUCUUUGGAAUGGUUGCACCAGUCUAGAAAGGUUGGCCGAUUCCUGCCACCUGAGGAAUUUGUGGUGAAUGAUCCAGAGCAGGAGAAGAACUUUGGCUUCAGCCUUCGAGAGGCACUAAGCCGGGCCCAGGAGAGGGGCCUACUGGAGGGCUAUGAAAUCUUUGUAACUCCUGGAGUGCAGCCCCCACCCCCCCAAAUGGGAGAGAUCAUUACCUGCUGUGGAGGCUCUGCACUUUCUAGCAUGCCCCGGGCCUAUAAGCCCCAGAGACUGGUGAUUUCGUGUCCCCAGGACCUCUCCAGAUGCUCUGCUGCUGCUAGAGCUAAGCUGCCCCUCCUUUCCCCAGAGUUCCUGCUCACUGGGGUGCUGAGGCAGGAAGUCCAGCUGGAAGCCUUCCUCCUUUCCACCCCAGACCCUGUACCUUCUUAAUGCCCUUCCUCCUUCCCCUACCCCCACUGUUUGAUACACUGACCAUAAAAUAAACUAUUUAGAGCAGAAA